CUAAAUGAAAUUGAAAUUAUUUGAAUAGAUUUGUUUUUAUUCGAUUUCAAAAUAAAUAAAAUAAUUCGAUUUUUUUACUUUCGUUUUAAUUUAAAUGAAAUGUAAUGUAAUUUUAUUGUAAAUUAAUAAAAUUAAACAAAUCAGAAUAAUUAGAUUUCAAAAUAUGUACGAAAAAAAAAUUAAUAUAAAUUUUCAAUAUUUAAGAAAAAAAAAUCACAAAAGCUCUCCUUAUUAUAAUACAAGUUUACUUUUUUUUGAACAUUCCAUAUCACAAGACAAUGAGCUACAGACUCAAAAUAAGUUUCACUAGAACAUAGAAAUCUCCUUAGAGGGUAUUGGUGUGAAUGUGAGUGUAGGUGAGGGUGAAGAGGAUACCAACAUUCAUUCACAUCCCACUCUUUUCUAAAACUCCACAUCAAUUUUAACUGCAGUGUGUUCCGCUCGAACCCCAUACCACUCUGCUCCUUUUUUCUAAAAUCCUACUCCAACUUCAACUUAACUUCAUUUCGAGUCGAAUUUUACAAAACUGAACUUCUGCCAAAACACUCUUAAAUACACAUAAGUUAUUGAACAUAAUUAAAUCUACGAUUGAUAUAAAUUAGUAGCACAUUAAUUUAUUGCUUUAUAAACUUUCUAAUAAAAUUUAAAGAUAGGCACUUCCAUUCUGUCCUGUUCCUACUCCAUUUUCACUCUGAUGAGAAAAAGCAUCAACUUUGGAGUUGGAAUUGCCCAUCUCUGAUAUCAACCAUUUCAAAAUACUUACUCUUCAGAUCCUCCUGAACAUAUCCAUAACAUUCGUGCUUACAGAAGACUUCUCAGAACAAGUACUACAUAAGGAUCAUAACAUGAUCCUCAUAGAAGAUACUCAUUAUUUUUAGAUUUUCAGAUUUUGACAGAGUAUCUUAUUUAGUCGUCAAGAUUCUCUUCGAGGACCCUUAUAGAAUAGUUUGAAGAUGGUGUUCAUCAAAAGUUAAAAAUAGCAUUCUAAAACACUUUCUUUUCAAAGCCCAUAAAAUCCAUAGAUCCCAAUGUUUGUCAUUGGAGAGCUCCGUUCGGAUUGACAUCCAUCUUUUCAGCAUUUGCAAAAGUAGAAGCCCUCUCAGAGUACAUCACGGUUGUUCUUCGGACAGCUUGACAUAACUUACCAAAAGCCUUAUAAAAUUUCACCAGCAUUCUCUAUGCAAAUACUUAGGAGAUUCUUCGGCAGAUCUACAUUCAUCAUACAGAAAAUCAUGUAUCCUUAAGGUUUCCUAAAAAACAUAGGGAUUAAGUUUGAUAUUUUGUUGUUCAACGAUUCGAUAUUCUUCUCAUAAGAUACAGAUAGAAUCUUCUCUCAUAUUCAUAUAAAUGAUCAUUCUGCCAAAAAGAUUCUGAAUUCUUGCAAUUCUGAAUAAAAUCCUCAGAUCCUUAUGUUUUUCUAUCAAAAACUUACAUGGAAUUAGUAUUACUCUUUCUUGGAGAACUUCCUUACAACAAUCUCAAGGUGUUAUUUUUAUGAUCAAAAAGAUCUUGGCAAAAACUAGAAGUAACAUAGAUGUAAGAAUCGUUACCAAAUCCUUUUUUUCUCAUAAGAAACUAGGAAAAGACUUCUGAAUUUUUAUCUGCGAAAUGAGCAUUUUCAAAGACGAAUGUCAUAUUUUGUAGCGCUUACUCCCACAAAAGAUGAGAUCCCUUCGAUAACGACGAUUUCUUUUCUUUUUUGUUCAUUGUAGUAAUUCCUAAUAUUCCAGUCGAUGGCCGAUGGAAACAGAAUGGAGCGACUGUUGCUGGAGGUCAGGGACAAGGCAGUGCCACCAAUCAACUCGACUGUCCUUAUGGUAUCUUCGUUGAUGAUGAUCAAACGAUAAUCAUCGCUGACUGCGACAAUCAUCGUAUCAUCCAAUGGAAGAUGGGUGAUACGAAUGGACAAGUAGUAGCUGGUGACAAUGGCUACGGAAAUCAAUUGGAUCAAUUGAAUUUACCAACCGAUGUGUUGAUCGACAAAGAGACGGAUAGUCUCAUUAUUUGUGAAUGGGGGAAUCGACGAGUCGUUCGAUGGUCUCGUCGUAGUGGUACAACUCAAGGAGAAAUCCUCAUCAACAAUAUCGUUUGUUAUGGAUUGGCCAUGGAUGAUCAGAGAUAUCUCUACAUCUCUGACGUCGACAAACAUGAAGUAAGACGAUAUCAAAUAGGAGACAAGAAUGGAACUAUUGUAGCUGGUGGCAAUGGCAAAGGUGCUGGUCUCAAUCAACUCAACGUGCCGACCCACAUCUUUGUCGAUCAACAACAGACUGUCUACGUGUCAGAUUUGAACAAUCAUCGUGUAAUGAAAUGGAAUAAAGGUGCGAAAGAAGGAAUUGUCGUCGCUGGAGGUCAAGGACAAGGGAAUGCUCUGACACAGUUGUAUCAUCCUAAUGGACUGUUCGUCGAUACAUUGGGUACCAUCUAUGUGGCAGACUCGCAUAAUCAUCGAGUGAUGCGUUGGCCAAAAGGAGCGAAACAGGGCACUGUCAUUGUGGGUGGAAAUGGUAAAGGAGAAGGAGCAAAUCAGUUCAACUGUCUUCAUGGUUUGUCUUUCGAUCGACAUGGCAAUCUCUAUGUCGUCGAUUAUUUGAAUCAUCGUGUUCAACGUUUUUCAAUCGAAUAG